UUCCAUUUGCAAACAGAAAGCAAACGUAGAAGAGAUAGAGGUAGAGUUGUGUGUGAAAAUAUCUAGUUGUUCUCAUUUUUAAUUUCAAGCGAUCUAAACCGUUAAUUAGAUCUAACGGUAAAUUUUAUAUGCAUCACCGAUGAAGGACUUAAUUGAUCCAUCACCCUAGAAUCCACCUAUUUAUUUAUUUAUUUUUGUAAAACCCGAUGGUAUUGAAAAAAAAUAAAAUUGAAAUCUAUAAAUCAAAACCCUAAAACAACGAAACUGAAGCAGCUUAGUGAAUUGGGAGUCGAACUGAUAUCAACCCAGUCGGAGUUGUGACAAACUCAUCAUCAUCAUCAUCAUCAUCAUCAUCAUCAUCAUCAACCAGGAAUUCCUAAGGUCAAAGUAACCCAAAAACAUGAGUCGAGGAAGUGGAGGAGGUUACGAUCGUCACAUCACUAUUUUCUCCCCCGAGGGGCGUCUCUUUCAAGUGGAGUAUGCUUUCAAGGCUGUUAAGGCUGCAGGGAUAACCUCGAUUGGUGUCCGAGGAAAGGAUUCUGUUUGCGUCGUUACUCAAAAAAAGGUUCCGGACAAGCUCUUGGAUCAGACAAGUGUUACACACCUCUUUCCCAUCACAAAGUACCUUGGUUUACUGGCAACUGGCAUGACAGCUGAUGCUAGGACACUGGUUCAACAAGCAAGAAAUGAAGCAGCCGAGUUUCGCCAUAAAUAUGGAUAUGAGAUGCCUGUUGAUGUGUUGGCUAAAUGGAUUGCAGACAAAUCACAAGUCUAUACUCAACAUGCUUAUAUGAGACCACUUGGAGUAGUUGCCAUGGUCUUGGGUAUUGAUGACGAAAAUGGACCUCAGCUUUACAAAUGUGACCCCGCCGGUCAUUACUUUGGUCACAAGGCCACAAGUGCUGGAUCGAAGGAUCAAGAGGCAAUUAAUUUCUUGGAAAAGAAGAUGAAGAACGACCCUUCAUUUACCUAUGACGAGACAGUUCAGACUGCAAUUUCUGCCUUGCAAUCAGUUCUUCAAGAGGAUUUUAAGGCCACUGAGAUUGAGGUUGGAGUGGUGCAAAAUGACAAACCAGAGUUUAGAGUUUUGACCACCGAGGAAAUUGAUGAACACUUGACUGCCAUCAGCGAGCGUGAUUGAGUUCUUAAUACUGAUGUUAGAUUAUAUCAUUUACUUGUUGUCUGAGAUCACUAAAUCAAUAUGUCCUUUUGUUAUAUUUGAGUAUCUACUUACUCAAUACUGAUGUUGAACAUUGUAUUUAUGUUUCUAUUACGAAUUGGAGCUUGCCGAUCAAUCAUGUUUCCUCUUGUAUCCCUGAAUUGUCCAACCCAUGUGUGGGAAAAAAUUGAGCAAAGCUGGUUCAAUCUUUUGUCUGA